CCAAGGGCCAUCCAUGGGGAUGGAACGAUGGACAUGGAGGUGGAGAUGGAGAUGGGAGCGCUUCUACUCCGGCUUCUGCACAAUCCCCAACUCAAGCAUCUCCCAACCCGACUCUGUUCAGCUUCAAUACGUCUUCACUCUCUGUGCCCGUGGCCAACUCCAGGAGGCUCUCAGUCUCUUCUAUGCCAUUAACAAACCCAACUCACAAGCUUACGCCACCCUUCUCCAAGGCUGCGCCAGGCACCGCUGCCUCGACCAAGGUCGAGCCCUCCACCAACAUAUGCUUGCCCACAGCCACGACCCUGACCUUUUCGUGACCAAUCAUCUUAUCAAUCUAUACGCCAAGUGUGGCUGCUUGGAGGUCGCUCGUCAACUGUUCGACCAAAUGCCCCUGAGAAAUCUGGUUUCUUGGACUGCUCUUAUCACUGGUUACGACCAGCAUGGCCGAUCCGAUGAUUGUUUUCGACUAUUCUCCUCCAUGCUUGCCCACCACCAUCCCACUGAAUUCGCCUUUGCGAGCGUUCUUGGAUCCUGUAAUUGCAUUCGAGGCCGGCAGGUACAUGCCCUCGUCUUAAAGACCUCUUUUGAUACUUAUGUUUACGUUGCAAACGCUCUUAUUACAAUGUACUCGAAGAACUUAGGUUGUGAUGGCGCUUGGGCCGUCUUUCAAAGCAUGCCAACACGUAGUCUUAUCACUUGGAAUUCGAUGCUCGCAGGGUUCCAGCUUUGUGGUUAUGGGGCCCAAUCGCUGGACCUCUUCUCUCAAAUGCACAGUGAUGGUAUUGGAUUUGAUCGGGCGACAUUUUUAAGCGUUAUUUCUUCUUUGUGUUCAGAUGAUAACGAUGUUGUUUUGGGCCUUGAGCACUGCUACCAUUUGCACUGCCUGGCUUUGAAGACUGGGUUUGUAUCUCAGGUUGAGGUUGCCACUGCCUUAAUGAAUGCCUAUUCAAAGCUUGGAGGGGAUGUUAGUGAGUGUUACUGGCUCUUCAAUGAGACAAGUGGUUGUCGAGAUGUUGUUUCUUGGACUGGGAUUAUAACUUCUUGUGCAGAGCAGAAGCCAGAACAAGCACUUCUACUCUUCCGUCAGAUGAAAUGGGAAGGCUUAAAUCCAGAUUGCUAUACUUUCUCAGCUGUCAUCAAAGCAUGUGCAGGCCUUUCUACUGAGUGUCAUGGUUCAGCUGUCCACGCUCAAGUCAUCAAGGUUGGGUUCGAGGAAGAUAUGGUGCUUGCUAAUGCCCUUAUCCAUGCCUAUGCACGGUGCGGUUCCAUCUGCAGGUCAGAGCAAGUUUUCAACCGUAUGGAAUUUCUUGACAUAGUUUCGUGGAACUCGAUUUUCAAAGCUUAUGCUUUGCAUGGGAAAGCGGUGAAGGCAUUACAGCUCUUUGAGCAAAUGAAUGUCCAACCUGAUGCUGCCACCUUUGUAUCUCUUCUCACAGCUUGUAGCCAUGCUGGACUCGUAGAUCAAGGAACUAAAAUCUUUGACAUGAUGAUUCAAAAUUAUGGAAUUUACCCUCAACGUGAUCAUUUUGCAUGCAUGGUUGACAUUCUUGGGCGGGCUGGGCACCUUCUUGAGGCUGAGGCUCUAAUUUACAAAAUGCCAAUGGAGCCCGACUCUGUGGUCUGGAGUGCUCUGCUUGGUGCUUGCAGGAAACACCGGGAAUCCAAGAUGGCUGAGCUGGCAGGGAGGAAGCUGAUGGAGUUGGAUCCUAAAAAUUCACUAGGCUAUGUAUUGAUGUCAAAUAUAUAUUCUUCAGAGGGUUGCUUUCAUACUGCAGCUUUUAUUAGGAAGGAGAUGAGAGGGUGUAGAGUAAGGAAGGAACCUGGCUUGAGCUGGAUUGAAGUUGAGAAUCAGGUACAUGAGUUUGCCUCUGGAGGACAACGCCAUCCUCAGCGAGAGGCCAUAUGUGCCGAGCUUGAAGUGUUGGUUGGGAAGUUAAAGGGGAUGGGUUAUGUGCCAGAGACAAACUCGGCCUUGCAUGAUAUAGGGGAGGAGCACAAGGAGGAGCAGUUAUUUUAUCACAGUGAGAAGUUGGCUUUGGCAUUUGUGGUGAUGAAUUCUGGCCGAGUUUGUGAUUGGAAGACCAUAAGGAUUAUGAAGAACAUUAGGAUUUGUCUCGAUUGUCAUAACUUCAUGAAAUUAGCAUCAGAUCUUCUUCAAAGGGAGAUUUUAGUGAGAGAUGCAAACCGUUUCCACCAGUUUAGAGGUGGUUUGUGCUCUUGCAGUGACUAUUGGUAACCAGCCAACAUCAUUAAAUUGUAGCUACUUGGGAUGUCUUCAUUUUGUUCGCUGUGCUUUACAUUUUUUUCAGAUGUAAGGGCAGACAUAAAAAAAGAAUAGCCCCAUCUCCCCCCUUUUAACUAUCGAUUAAGUUUGCAUUUAUGGGGAUCUGGCAAAGUUGAGAGAUUUUCUUGCAUUGAAGUAAUCUGACUUUACUUACCCAUGAGGUUUUUGGUCUCUGGUUACCACGGUCAGCAAGAUUUAAAAACUGGUAUUUAAAUCAUAUGGCAGAGGUCAGGCUGACAGUGAACCUGCAAAGGCAAUCGUUUCAAGCUGGUCGGUAAUCUGAGCCAUGGCAGGGCUGUGAGUACCUCUGAUUUGAUUCUAGUUCGUGGCUGAUGGUCUUUGCAAAUGUUAUACCUUGUUCUCCACCAGGUUACAGAUGGCUAUUCAGUGUGAUGAUAUAAGUCGGAUAGCUUCUCAUGUAUUUAAGAAGUAAUGGCAGUGGACCUCCUUUCAAUGCAGCUGCAGAGAAGGAAGAUUUCAAGAAUUGACUCAGUUCCGUCCUACAUCUGACUUUUUUGUGAAUGAUGACAUGAGUACAUGACUGUGACUGGUUCUUUUCGUAUCAUGGAAACUGGUGGUCAUGUUAAAUAAAAGGGUGGAAUCAUGUGUAAGAAUGGAACGAAAGAAACCAUGGAGAAAACCCAAGGAUGCCAUCUUUUAUUUUGAUAAAAUGGAUUCACAUGAGACUGGGAGGUCUGAGCAGAAUUAAAAGAAGCAGAAUGUGUCUGAAAGCAAUAAGGAGAUGAUGGUUGCAAAAUGUUGAGGAACUGCUGUCUGAUGUUGUCGAGUGGAUGCAUUCUAUGAUGGGCGUCUCUCAGUGGUUUUCUUAUGACAUGGGUAAAGAAUUUGUCUAUAUGACCAUACAACCAAGUAAAUUUGUUGGGCUAAGGCAUCCAGAAGAAGCAAUUGCUGAAUUAACUGUGAUGCUGCCCCCUAGAGAUGACGGUUGGAAGAGGGUUGAUUUCACACCAUUUAAGUUCUGGUCCACUGGGAGUUCAAAAAUUUGAGGACAGGGAGAAAAUUCUCUUGUGAAGCCACUUGUGGCAUGAAGGUUAGAUGUGGAUAUGAAGUUUUGGCAUGGUUUGUUGCAGGAGGAACGGUGUUGGCAAACUAUGGCAAAUGAAAAAAAGUUCAGCACCAAAACCAUGCUUGAAACCAGUUUGAGGUCAAAGUAGAUGGAAUAGUGAAAUGACUCUCCUCUUCACACAAGUCAUCAGAUUUUCACCUCUCCAUUGUAGAGAAUGAAGGAUAUAUUGGUUUUGACAGAAUUUUUUUCCGAGUUCCUGCCAGAUUUGCAGAGACAUGCUUGCCAACUGGUUGCUGUACAGCUUAAACUCCAUGGAGAGAUCUGUGACUCAUAUUGGUGGAAAUUGUAAUCCCUUUUGCACGAAUGCAGAAUACAGAAAGUGAAAUGUGUUUUUGGAUCUGAUUAUACAGUUGAUUUUCAUUAAUCGGUGAUCGCAUUUUCUUA